UAAUCGGGACGGGAGAGACACAGAGCAGCGCAUCAUCAGCUAGCGAAAAAAAAAGGAUUACGAUUCCCAGACGGAACACCGGAAUCAGCUAGCAAAUAGUUUGCAAUUCUAGGCAGAAAAUCUACCGAGAGCGCGAAAUCCUUGUUAAAAAGGUGUAUCAACAAGUUCAGCGAAUAGUGCCAAGCGAAAGGAAAUCAUAAAUUAGGUUUGUUUGUUUUCAAUCGAUUUUUACCAUCCCUCUCCUGCCCCGAUAAAAGCGAAGCUGCACCGCGUUCCAAUGAGUAAAAUGACGAAAAACAAACUUAAUCUAACGUUGCCUCCGGGCUCGGUGGAUGUCACGGCCAGCCAGCAGACGACUCCAACGCCUUCAUUCAAGACCCCCUCCGGUACGGAGUAUGUCAUCGGCAAGCACAACCUGUUGGGAAAGGCCAAGAACAGUAUCGAUGCGCUGACGGAAACGCUGGAGGAGCUGGAAAUCGACGAGAACGCCCGGAAGCGGAUAAAGGUAUUCCUCAGCCAGAAGGAGAAGAUCGGCGAGCUGAGCGAUGAGGACCUGGAAAAGCUGGGCGAGCUGGGUUCCGGCAACGGGGGAGUGGUGAUGAAGGUGCGACACAUUCCGACGCAGUUGAUCAUGGCCCGAAAGUUGAUCCACCUGGAGGUGAAGCCGGCCAUCAAGAAGCAAAUCAUCCGGGAGCUGAAGGUGCUGCAUGAUUGCAACUUUCCACAUAUCGUCGGUUUCUACGGGGCGUUCUACAGCGACGGAGAAAUUAGCAUUUGCAUGGAGUACAUGGAUGGGGGCUCGUUGGAUUUGAUCCUGAAACGGGCGGGUCGCAUUCCGGAACCGAUCCUGGCCAAGAUCACGUGUGCCGUGCUGAAGGGACUGAGCUACCUGCGGGAUAAGCACGCCAUCAUGCACCGGGACGUGAAGCCGAGCAACAUUCUGGUGAACAGCAGCGGGGAGAUAAAGAUCUGUGAUUUCGGCGUAUCGGGACAGCUGAUCGAUUCGAUGGCGAACUCGUUCGUGGGCACCCGGAGCUAUAUGUCGCCGGAACGCCUGCAAGGAACUCACUACUCGGUUCAGUCGGACAUCUGGUCCCUCGGACUGUCGUUGGUCGAAAUGGCCAUCGGAAUGUACCCGAUCCCGCCACCGGAUGCCAAAAUGUUGGACUACAUCUUCCAGGAAAAGGGAGACGACAGCUCGCCCGGCCAGAACAUCAUCGAACCGAAACCGAUGGCCAUCUUCGAGCUGCUCGACUACAUCGUCAACGAACCGCCUCCGAAGCUGGAACACAACUCCUUCACCGAUCGCUUCAAGGACUUUGUCGACAAGUGCUUGAAGAAGAAUCCCGAGGAGCGGGCCGAUCUGAAAACGUUGAUCAAUCACGACUGGAUUAAGAAUAUCGAACAGGAGGACGUGGACAUUGCCGGCUGGGUGUGCAAAACGAUGGAUCUGCUUCCUUCCACGCCGAAGCGGAACGCAUCGCCGAACUAAGGUGCAAAUAUUUGAUUAACUGAACAUAACUCAGCACUCAGCAAAAACAUAAAUGCUUUGUAAAGGUCUUUAUUCUCGACGUAAAUUUGAGCGCAUAGCGUAGGCUAGGUUUGAGAAUAGUUCCAUAGGAACAACCCAGCAUCGCCCCAUUUCCGCCAGCAGUAGCAAACGUUUUUAAAGUGGGUUUGCAACGCAAAUCGGUUCGAGAAUGGUUUCCCGUUUAGUUUUGUUUACGAAUAGUUUUAAGUUUUAUUACUUUUGUACAGUGUAGUAGCCGUUUUAUGUUGCUUCAAAAUCUAUAUCGAAUGCCUGUGUGGUUUUUUUUUCUCUUAUGUGUCUUACUGGCGAUGUAUUUUUUCUUCGAAAUGCAAAUGAAAAAAAAUAAUAUAGAGUGUCAUUCAAAACACGAAAACAUACGAUACACUUACCGAUAAAUGUCAUUAGAGUAUAUUAUUAAGCAUCUCUAAAUACUAAACCUAUAUUCGUGUACGUGCAAUCGAGAGCAAGAGAUAGAUAAAGUCAGCACGGAAAGAAAUGCAUUCCCCCUACUCUUAUGCUAGGUAUGAACCUUUAGUACGAAAGAUUAAAUGAAUGCAUUGCAUGACAGGAGAUUAUUAUACAAUUACCUACACCUAUUGAGAAAGGAAAAAAAAGAAAAGCAAAUGCAUCCUUCUACUAUUCUGCACUGUAUUGAAUACAAGUGAUUGCAGGCGUCGCUGGCAACACUGCUAACAAAAUAGGCAUGAUUCAAAUGUUCGUGCAACGCAAAUGUAUUAAAGUCUUUUAAAUUCGAA